AGAAGUCUGUGGAAAAAAUGCUUGCUCAAGGGUGAGAGAGAGCUUGGCAGUUUUACAGAUUGUAAAAUGAAAUGAGGCCAGAAAAGAUAGGUAGGGGCUGGAUCUUCAAAAGCUUAAAUAAUGUAUAUUUGAGAUUUUUAUCAAUAGAAAGUCACUGAAACAUUAGAGGGCACUAUGGAAAGUGGAUUAGAUUGUCUUGAUUCAAAUCCUUAUUCCUACUGUAUUUAAGCCAUUAAUAUUGGGCAAGAAAUUACAUUUGACUUGCUUCCCUGUCUGUAAAAUGAGAUGACAGUAGUACCUUAUUUGUAGAGCUAUUAAAUGAACUUUAGAUAAUGCAUGAAAACACUAGGUACAGUUUUAGCCCAUAGUAAGUAUAAAUUAUUGCUUGCUUAUUUUUAUUAUUAAAUUUAUUAUCAUUAUUAGUUUAAGAAUGAUCAUUCCAGUUGAGUUAGAAGAGGUAAGAUUAAUUGAAGCAAAACCUGUGAGUAAUUUAGGCAAGAGAGGAUCGUGACUUGGAGUAUUGGCAGAACAGAUAGAGAAAGAUUACUGUUUGAGAGAAGUUCCAGAAAUACUUGGCAUUUGGUGAUUGACUGAAUGAGGGAGAUAAAUGGAAGAGAGGAAAGAGUAGAAGAUGAGUCAGAGGACCUCACAUUGGUUUUGGAAUGACAUUGAUACAAAUACAUCCCUAUGAGAUGCAUUUAAAUAAUAUGUUAAUUAAAUCAACAUUUAAAGCUCAUUUUUACUGAAUAAUAAGUAGUAGGUAAUGCUCAGAAGUGUAUCUUAUGAAUUUGAAGAACUGAGAUUGAUCCUUCUCCUCUGUAAUAUUUAAGCUAGUGAAUAGGUUGAGAGAAGAAUAAAUAUAACUUGAACAGUCAUUUCCCUUUUUUGUUUCAUGUUUCCUCUUUUUGCCUUAUUUUCUUUUUAGUUCUGUCACUUUUUAGUAUUAGAUUGAACCAUAUAGAAGUUGCCAGUUUUGUAGAUCAGAAAAUAUUUAUCCAGAAAUGAAAUGAUUAAAUACUGGCCAUUUUACAUGGCUCAUCCAGUCACAUUCUCAUUCUGUAAGAAUUUUUAACUAGGGCUCUGAGCAUCCGUUUUGAGUUAAAUUGAGCAUCAAAGCCUGUCUGAAAGAUGCUGUGAUGGCAUAAGGACCAGUGGAACUGAGUCCCAUGAAGUAGGUGACUUAAACCUGGCAUCAUCCAUUUACUAUGGCUCUGGGAAGACAUCUCAUGGCCAAAGUUUUUGUUAGAUUUACCGAAAGGGACAUGUUAUAUAUUAUUUUGGCUGUUUUUUAAAACCUAAUUAUAGGGGUCCCUGGUGGCUCAGUCGUUAAGCAUCUGCCUUUGGCCCAGAUCAUGAUCCUAGGGUCCUGGCAUCGAGCCCCGCAUCAGCCUCCUUGCUGGGCAGGAAGCCUGCUUCUCCCUCUCCCACUCUCCCUGCUGUGUUCCCUCUCUCCCUGUGUCUCUCUCUGUCAAAUUUAAAAUAAAAUAAAAUAAAAUAAAAAAUAAAACCUGAUUAUAAAAAUGGUACAGUUGACCCUUGACCAACAUUCAGGUUAGGGGUGAUGAGCCCCCCCCCCCCCACAUAUUUGAAAAUCCACAUAAAACUUUUUGCUCCCUGAAAACUUUACUACUAAUAGCCUUUUAUUGAUUAGAGGCCUUACUAAUAACAGAAACAGUUGAUUAGCACAUAUUUUGUAUGUUAUAUGUAUUAAAUACUGAAUUCUUACAAUAAAGUAAGCUAGGGAAAAGAAUGUUAAUUAAAUCAUAAGGAAGAGAAAAUAAAUUUACAGUAUUUAUUUUAAAAAUCCACUUGUAAAUGGACCUGUGCAGUUUAAACUCAUGUUGUUCAAGCGUCAACUAUACAAAGAAAUUGGGAAAUUUAGAAACUAUAGGAAAACAUAAAAUAAAAAAUCUCUCAUUAACCCACCCACGAUCGACUAAAAAGUAGAGUUGAUUUCCAUUGAGCUUUCUUCCAAUUACAUGUAUAUGCAGAGAUACUGUUCUUUUUUUUUUUUAACCAAAAAACACAAAUAUAUCAUGAGACUGCAUUAUUUAUUUAAAGAUUUUAUUUAUUUAUAUGACAGACCAUACAAGCAGGGAGCAGGAGAGGGAGAAUCAGGCUUUCAGCUUGAGCAGGGAGCCCAAUGUGGGGUUCAAUCUGGAGACCCUGAAAUCAUGACCUGAGCUGAAGGCAGACACUUAACCAACUGAGCCACCCAGGUGUCCAAGACUGCAUUAUUUUAAAAAGGAAAUGAGUAAUGGGUGGAGCUAGCAAGUAUUAUGCCAAGUGAAGUAAGUCAGAGAAAGACAAAUACCAUAUAAUUUUGCUUGUAUGUGGAAUUUGAAAAACAAAUGAGCAAAAGGUGGGGGGAAGAGGGAGGCAAACCAGGAAACAGACUUUUGUUUUUUUAAAGAGUUUAUUUAUUUAACAGACAGAGAUCAUAAGUAGGCAGAGAAACAGGCGGGGCAGGGAGGAGGUGGGGGUGGGGUGAAGCAGGCUCCCUGCUGAGCAGAGAGCCUGAUGCAGGGCUUGAUCCCAGGACCCGGGGAUCAUGACCUGAGCCAACGGCAGAGGCCUUAACCCACUGAGCCACCCAGGAGCCUCAGGAAACAGACUCUUAACUGUAGAGAACAAACUGAUGGUUACUAGAGGUGGGGAAGGGGGGAUAGGUUAAAUACAUGAUGAACACCAAAUGUUACAUGGAAAUGUUGAGUCACUGUAUUGUACACCUAAAACUAAUGUUACAUGGUAAACUAACUAGAAUUUAAAUAAAAUUUUUAAAAAAUGAAAAGGUAGUUUAUAUAGAUUUUUUAAAAAGAUUUAUGUAUUUAUUUUAGAGAGAGAGUGUAACAGGGGGAGGAGCAGAGGGAGAGGGAAAGAGAGUACCAAGCAGACUCCAUGCUGAGAGGGGAACCUGACUCCCAGGCUCUAUCUCUUUAUUUCAGAUCAUGACCUGAGCUGAAAUCAAGAGUCAGAGGCUUAACUGACUGUGCUUCCUAUACAGGCACCCCUGUAUAGAUUUUUUUUUGAAGACAUAGAUUUAUUGCUACUAUAUGUCCUUAAUAAUUUUUUUCUCCUGAAGAAAAUGUUUUUCUUUAAUCUGAAACAAAACACUUAACUCUUGACUGAUUUGAUAAAGUGUGGCUCUCAAGCUUUUUGUUGUUUUGAGUUUCUUGUAUGAAUAUUUUAAUUGUAGCACUAAGUGUUUUUACUAAAAUAGAAAUGAAGUUGAAAGAACUAUUAUUAUACUAGUGAUAGUAACAUAACAGCUUAUAUUUUUAUUACCUUAAUUCUUUCAAGCUAUUAACCAAUGUAAUGUCUUUUUUUUUUAUCAUCAUCAUAACUGUUUAGUUUUAUACAUGAGACACCUGAGUUAGAGCAUAAGUUACAGGACAAAAUUCACAAAUGGUUAGAAAAUGUUGUACUACUGACUUUGGUGAAUGGCUUUUCUCUUUAUUGAAAUGUAACUGUCAGAAAUUAUUCCUUUUUUCAUUCAGUAUUAACCACUCAAACAAUGAGAGUCCAAAAACAAAGUAUGUGUUAAAUGUACAGAAUAGUGUGUAAACUGGUUUGUCUGGAGGGCAAGGUGUGUUGGGGGGAUGGGUAUGGAAUAGGGAGAUCAGAUUGGAGAGGCACUAGGGAGCGGUUGACUUUUGAACUGUGGGUACCAUAAUGAAGCAUAUACUAUUAGAUAUUUAGGCAGAAAUGAAUAGAUCAGAAAAAUGAACUAGACUAGAAACCCAGACAAUAUGUAAUGAUGGCCUAAAGUAUUAAAAACUGAGUUGAGAGCCACUGUAGAAACAGAUUCCCAGGAACCUGUUGAGUAAUAGUACAUUGAGUGGGGAGAGAGUGGUCAAGAUAAUUCCUUAGUUUCUUACUUGAAGGCUUAGAAAAAAUAAAAGAGUGUUGGAACAAGAGAAAGAGGCCAGUUUGUUGAGAAAGAUGUAUUUAAUUUUGGACAUGCUGUGGGUGAAGUCUACGGGACAUUAGGUGGAAGAUGUAUGUAGACUAGCGGGCAAAUUAUAAAAGGGAAAGAAUGCUCAGUAUAGAGUCAGGGCUGGAGACAAAGGCAGAGGAAUAAUUAGUGCAGAGGAAUAAUUAAUGUUAUAUCAUUGUUCAUUUUUUACUGCCUUACAUAUAUAUAGCCUCAUUGUAUUUGAGGAAUGUGUGACAGCAAAGUAUCCAGAGUAUGGGGCGCCCAGGUGGCUCAAUGGAUGGAAGCCUCUGCCUUCGGCUCGGGUCAUGGUCUCAGGGUCCUGGGAUCGAGCCCCACUCUCUGCUCAGUAGCGAGCCUGCUUCCUCCUCUCUGCCUGCCUCUCUCUGUCAAAUAAAUAAAUAAAAUCUUAAAAAAAAAAAAAAAAAAAGGAUUCUUUUAAAAGAAAAAAAAAGUAUCCAGAAUAUCCCAGUGCCUCGGAACUGGGCAGUCACAGUAAGAGAGGCGCUUUAGGAAUCAGAGGAGCCCAUCCUCAAGCAGUACAGCAUGGUUGGCAGGAAAACACAGACUACCUAGGAGGAAGGGUAUUUUAAUUCUACGAAAAGAAAGGGAAUAAAGUUUUAUACCCACUACAUCCUAAGUAUUGGUAAGCUUUUGUCUGUAUACACUGUCUCCUUCAUUUUGCAGUAACUGUGAAAUAGGGAGUUUGGUCCUCAUUUUACAGAUGAUGAAACUGUGGGUAAGAGAGCGUUAGUAAUAGAAGAGCAAGGAUUUGAACCAGAUGGGUGGUCAGUGCCACUGGUUUUUAUAUGCCACACUUUGCCAUGUUUUCCAGUAAGAUCUCUCAAAUAUAGCUAUCCAAGCUUAUGCUCCAUAGGUUUUUUUAGUGUUGCCUUCCUAUAAUAAGCACAGUGCUUUAGCUCUUAAAAUAUAAUUAACUAAAUUCUGAUUAUGGGAGGCCAUUUGCUUUCAGUGAGGAAGCAUAUAUGUGAGACUAAUAAAAAAUGGAAAUCAGAUGACCUAACCUGUAUCCCUGCCCAGGUGUGCCAUCUUUCUAGAAUGCUUAGAAAUGCCAACCUUUGCUUAUUUUCUUUCACCCUACUGGGUAUGUAGAACUUUACUUAAAAGAAUGAAUUGAGAGUCCAAAGAUACCUGGAGGAAAAAGUAUGAAAAGUACACAUUUCCGGUUAGCUGAAAAAAUUGUCAUCAUUUAUGACAUUACCAAAAUAUAAUACUGACACAGUGUAAUAUAUCCCACAAUAUAAUCCCAACUUGCAUUGUUUAAAGUAGGCACAAACAAGAUUAUGUAUUCUAAGAUACAUAAGCUAAUUUGUACCAUGAAACUUUUGCAGUUUUAAAGCCUGAGUGGAAAUGGGUAUAUUUACUUGUCCACUUUUUGUGUGUAUUUUUGUGCUCUGCUUCUUAGUAAACUAGAAGCAAGAAAUGGAAUCUCAGGGGUGCCUGGGUGACUCAGUGGGUUAAGCCGCUGCCUUCGGCUCAGGUCAUGAUCUCAGGGUCCUGGGAUCUAGUCCCGCAUCGGGCUCUCUGCUCAGCAGGGAGCCUGCUUCUCUCUCUCUCUCUCUGCCUGCCUCUCUGUCUACUUGUGAUCUCUCUCUGUCAAAUAAAUAAAUAAAAUCUAAAAACAAAAAAAAAAAGGGAAAAAAAAGAAAUGGCAUCUCAAAGCUAUAGUGUAGCAUUGAAUAUACGACAGCGUGCUUGUGCUUGUGUGCUGUUUCCUCAGUUUUGAGAAUGGGUGAGGUUUUCUUUACGUUUUCUCUUGAAAAACUAAUUUUUAAGUUUGCUUGUUAUUUUUGUCAUCUUUCUUAAAAUUAACCAAUAUCCAGUGAAUCAUGAGAGGAAAUUAAUGCUGAACAUUUAGCCUUCUAGCUAGAACUUCUUGUGCUACUAAAUUAGGAGUCCUCAGUUGCCAUGCACGGUUAACAUACUUUCAUUCUUUAGCAUUGCUCUUUGUUCUUGAGGAAAAUGCUAUAAGAAAAUAGGAAUUUCCUCUCACCAUUACCCCUUUGGCAGUGUGUUUCAAUCUAAUUCCUGGUUGGCAUUCUGUCCCGGCUACAACCCCUUCUCUAAACUCCAUCUACUAAAAGGGGGAUUCCAGACAGACGAGGAAACAGCUUUCAAACACUGCACUGCAGGCAUAUUAAGUUAUUCCCCCACUGUGCAGUGGGGAAAUCAGGGACCACUUCUCUGGCGAUGAAUUCUAAUGAGCUGCUAAGGAUGCCGUAGGGUGUGUGCGCACAGGCGUUUUCUUUCCCCUCCCCCGCUUCUUCCUUUUCCCAAGCCCCCUCUUCUCCCCGUUUCCCCUCCUCCUCCUUUAUCCCCUCCCUGUGUGUCUCAGUUCUGCAGUAAACGGGGCUGAGGCACAUUCCUGCACUGCAAGGCUUUCUGUUAAGGAUGUUUUGUGGCUUUUGUUUGGAUUGCAGCAUGCAGAAUUACAGCUGUUCAGAGGAGACUCAUUACAACUCCUGCUGAAGCUCCUAAUCUUCCUCCCUUCUCUUCUGCCCUUACCCCUACCCUCAUUGGCCUGAAGACACUGUACCCAGAGUUUGGCUUACUUCCCUGGUGCUAUGUGUAUGGUAAACCUGGUACUAUGGCCACAUCUGGGACUGGCCAGACAACUGCUGCUGGUUCUCCCUAUUCCAAGAAGGAUUUAAAAGGGAAUUGUACUGCAGGCAAUGCACCAGAGCAGCAUCAGGAGCUUGGGGACUAAGACUCCUCUGGCAUUAUUAAAGACACACAGAGCUGACCGCAAUGACAGCAGCUGCUCCUUUGAACUGUUGGCAGCAGCCAAGCGGCAGCAUGAAGUGAGAGAUCACUCCCAAGCUCAAGAUGAACUCUACCUUGGAUGGUAAUCAGAGCAGCCACCCUUUUUGCCUCUUGACGUUUGGCAAUUUGGAAACUGUCGAUUUUUGCCUUUUGGAAGUGUUGAUUAUUGUCUUUCUCACUGUAUUGAUUAUUUCUGGCAACAUCAUUGUGAUUUUUGUAUUUCACUGCGCACCUUUGUUGAACCAUCAUACUACAAGUUAUUUUAUUCAGACUAUGGCAUAUGCCGACCUCUUGGUUGGGGUCAGCUGCCUGGUCCCUUCUUUAUCACUCCUCCACUACCCUCUUCCAGUCGAGGAGUCUUUGACUUGCCAAGUAUUCGGUUUUAUAGUGUCCGUUCUGAAGAGUGUCUCCAUGGCCUCUCUGGCCUGUAUCAGCAUCGAUAGAUAUAUUGCCAUCACUAAACCUUUAACCUAUAAUACCCUGGUUACGCCUUGGAGACUACGUCUGUGUAUUUUCCUGAUUUGGCUGUAUUCCACCCUGGUCUUCCUGCCUUCCUUUUUCCACUGGGGCAAACCUGGAUAUCAUGGAGAUGUGUUUCAGUGGUGUGCAGAGUCCUGGCAUACCGACCCCUACUUCACCCUCUUCAUCGUGGUGAUGUUGUAUGCCCCGGCAGCCCUCAUUGUGUGCUUCACCUAUUUCAACAUCUUCCGCAUCUGCCAACAGCACACAAAGGAGAUCAGCGAAAGGCAAGCCCGCUUCAGCAGCCAGAGUGGGGAGACUGGGGAGGUGCAGACCUGUCCCGAUAAGCGCUAUGCCAUGGUCCUGUUCCGAAUUACUAGUGUAUUUUACAUCCUCUGGUUGCCAUACAUCAUCUACUUCUUGUUGGAGAGCUCCACAGGCCACAGCAACCGCUUCGCCUCCUUCUUGACCACCUGGCUUGCUAUUAGUAACAGUUUCUGCAACUGUGUCAUUUAUAGUCUCUCCAACAGUGUCUUCCAAAGGGGACUAAAGCGCCUCUCAGGGGCCAUGUGUACUUCUUGCGCAAAUCAGACCAUAGCUAAGGACCCUUACACAGUUAGGAGCAAAGACCCCCUUAAUGGAUGCCAUAUCUGAAGUGGUUCAAACACACUGGGUCACUGUGGUGUGUAUGUGUGUUUGUGUGUUUCCUUUUUCUCUCUGUAUUCCUGUUGCACUAGGAAAUCUGGGACAAAAUAAUUAGACUCUAAGCAAUAGCAAACAAAUGAUCAUUCGAAAAUACCCUCUAAGUUUGCAGAAAUUAUUUUCUAAAAAGUGUUUUUGCAUCAGAAGAAUCAGGACGGUGAAGAUAAAUUGCUCUUGGUUCCAGGUUUUGCAGUGUCACAAAAAUGACUACAUUUUUAAGAUUUAAAAUAAAUAAAGCCAUAUCUAACACCUCUCUUCAACGGGCAUGACUGAACCUGGGUGUGAGAAGCCUCAGCAUUUUUAAAAAGUCAUUUUCUUGUUGCUUUUCUGGGUUCUUUCCAGCUGUUUGGGCUGCAUAUGCAAUUGAAUUCUUUUAAUGUGGAAUAUUAAAAACCAGUGAUGAAUUAA